AUGUUUAGAAAUCGAACUUCUGAAUUUAUUGCUUCAAUAAUCAAUAUGUCGGCUGGACGUGUGGAAAAGCGAUAUGAUCUUAUAAUAAAACAAAAUAACAACCGAUUACAUAGAUGUUUGGUACUCACUAAUAAAAUGAAAGUUCUUUUAAUAAGCGAUCCAACAACUGAUAAAAGUGCUGCUGCAUUGGACAUUAAUGCCGGCUCUAUGUGCGAUCCAGAUGAUUUACCUGGAUUAGCGCAUUUAUGUGAGCAUAUGUUGUUCCUAGGAACGAAAAAAUACCCUCAACAGAAUGAUUUCAAAAAAUUUCUGUCGCAGAAUGGUGGUGUGUGUAACGCAAUAACAGGUUUAGAUCACACCAUGUAUUAUUUUGAUGUAGCUACCGAGAAGUUAGAAGGCGGUUUAGAUCGUUUUGCUCAAUUUUUCUUGGCACCUCUUUUUACGAAGAACUUAAUUGAGCUAGCACUAAAUACCAUAAAUUCAGAAUACGAGAACAAUUUAGCAAGUGAUUCAGAGCGAUUUAAUCAAUUAGUGAUGUCAACUGCGAGCUCAGAUCAUCCGUUUUCAAAAUUUCGUGCAGGAAAUAGAGAAACAUUAGACACAAUACCGAAACAAAAGGGCAUUAAUGUUCGAAAUAAACUACUAGAGUUUCAUGAAAAGUAUUAUUCUGCAAAUAUUAUGUCACUGUCUGUUCUUGGUAAAGAGAGUUUAGAUGAACUCGAAAAUAUGGUAGUGAAUCUGUUUUGUGAAGUACGAAACAAGGAAAUUGAAGUUCCAACAUGGCCUGAACAUCCAUUCAAGGAUGAACAUUUCGGCACUAUAUGGUACAUUGUUCCGAAAACGAAUAUAGGAAAUUUAGUUAUUGACUUUCCUUUACCAGACAUGCGUCAACAUUACCGAUCUUCGCCUGACCGCUACGUUUCUCAUUUGCUUGAACAUCAAGGAGAAGGUUCAUUAUUAUCAGCUUUGAAAACUAAGAAAUUGGGUCACUACAUAAAAUCCACAAAACGUACUACCGCCAGAGGCUUCAGUAUUUUCAGUAUUUUAAUCCAUUUCACCAAACGUGGUUUUAGGCAUAUCAAAGAUAUCAUUCUAUUGGUGUUUCAGUAUAUCAAUAUGCUUAAGUUGAAAGGACCAGUCAAAUGGAUCUAUGAUGAAUAUACAGACAUUGAAAAUAUAAAUUUUCGUUUUAGAGGAAAGUCUUCGCCUCUUACUUGUGUGAAAUUUAACUCUCGACUGUUACAAGAAAUUCCCAUGAAUGAAAUUUAUUGUGCGAACUCUGAAUGGCGGCCGGACUUAAUCGAGGAAAUAAUGGAAUAUUUGAUCCCGCAAAAUGUUAGGAUUCAUAUAACUGCAAAAGCAUAUGAAAAUAUAGCUAAUGAAAUUGAAAGUUGGUAUGGCACUAAAUAUAAGAAAGUGAAGGUAACCAAGAAAUUAAUGGACAUGUGGAACUCCCCUGGUUUUAACGACGACCUGAAAUUGCCUCCCAAGAAUAAAUUUAUAGCAACUAAACUUGAUAUCAAGCCACAAACUAACAUUGAAAAGUUUCCCAUUAUUUUGGAGAAUACAUCAUAUGUAAGACUUUGGUAUAAAAAAGACGACGAAUUUUUUACGCCUACAGCAAGCAUGAACUUUAAUUUCUGGUGCCCAUUUGCCCAUAUGGAUACCCUUAGUUCCAAUUACACUUAUAUAUUUAUUAAACUGUUUCGUGAUUCUCUUAACGAAUAUACAUAUGCUGCUCAUUUAGCUGGUUUACGAUGGGAACUUUUUAAUUCUAGAUGUGGAAUAACACUCUCUAUAAAUGGUUAUGAUGACAAACAACGUGGCCUGUUAGAAAAAAUCAUAGAUCGAAUGAUAAAUUUUAAAGUUGAUCCGAAGAGAUUUGAAAUUUUGAAGGAAAAUUACAUCAGCAAUUUGAAAGAAUUAAGAUUUACAAGGCUUUAUAAACAUGCUAUCUAUUAUCUUGAUAUGCUAUUAACAAAGAAACCAUUCCUCCAGGAAGACUUCUUAAGAACUACUUCCUAUUUAAAUGUCGAUGGACUCCAGCAGUUUAUACCACAGUUAUUCAGUAAGGUGCACGUCGAGUGCUUAAUACAUGGUAAUGUGACUGUAACGGAAGCUACAGAUAUACUUAAACUAAUUGAGUCUAAGUUGACAGCUGCAGUGCCCAACAUAAUGCCCUUGUUAGAACAGCAACUAGUAUUGGACCGUAAAAUUAAACUGGAAAAUGGUUGCCACUUUCUGUUUCAAACAGAAAAUAAUUUACAUAAAAGUUCUUGUACAUUGGUAUAUUAUCAAAUUGGUUUACAAUCAACAGAGUCGAAUGUGCUCUUAGAGCUCUUAAAACAAAUUAUUAAAGAACCUUGCUUUAAUACAUUAAGAACUAAUGAGCAAUUAGGCUAUAUAGUAUUUACUAAUAUACAUAUACUGGAUGGAGUACAAGGCUUGCAAAUCGUUGUACAAAGUGAUAAACAUCCGCAAUAUGUCGAAAAACGAAUCAAUUUAUUUUUAGACUCCAUGUUGAAUCACAUAUCUACUAUGACAGAAGAGCAAUUUGAAGAAAAUAAGAAAGCUUUAGCUGUAUUACGUCUGGAAAAACCAAAAAGUUCGACUGUAAGGUGUGCCUUGUACUGGAAGGAGAUUAAAUUCCAACAAUAUAACUUCGAUCGAGUCAAUGUUGAAAUGGCCUACUUAAAGACGAUAUCACGGCAGCAAUUACUUAAUUUUUUUAAGGAAAAUGUACAUAGUAAGAAUCGACGUAAAUUGUCGAUACAUGUAAUAUCCACGUCAUCGGAAAAGAGCUCAUCUGACAGCACAAUUGAAGAAAUUGCUGAUUUAUCAACUGAUGAAGAAGUUAAGAAAAUCGAUGAUAUUUUGUCAUUUAAAAAUAGUCAGUCUUUGUAUUCUCUAGUUAAACCGCUUGAAAAAUGUUUUCUUAGGAAAGGCGUACACCCUUCUAAGUUAAAAAAAUGUGACAAGCCUGUAUUUUACGUUUCUUAUUUGCUUAAACAUAACGGAGAAGGCUCAUUAUUAUCCGCUUUGAAAGCUAAAGGAUGGUGUAACUUAAUAGAAUCCGGAUUACGUUCUUCCGCCAGAGGCUUCAAUAUUUUCAAUAUUUAUGUCGAUUUGACCGCAGAAGCUAUUAAGCAUAUCGAAGAUAUUGUUCUACUGGUGUUUCAAUAUAUCAAUAUGCUUAAGUUGAAAGGACCAAUUAAAUGGAUCUACGAUGAAUAUGAAGAUAUUGAAAAUACACACUUUCGUUUAAAAGAAAAGUCUUUGCCUCUUACUUAUGUGAAAUAUAAGGUUCUAGAGUUGCAAGUAAUCCCCAUGAAUGAAUUUUGUUGCGCGGUAUCUGCAUGGCGGCCGGACUUAAUCGAGGAAAUAAUGGAAUAUUUGAUCCCGCAAAAUGUAAGGAUUCACAUAACUGCAAAAGCAUACGAAAAUAUAGCUAAUAAAAUUGAAAGUUGUAUGGCACUAAAUGUAAGAAAUAAGGUAUCCAAAAAAAUAAUGGACAUUUGGAAUUUUUCUGGUUUUAACGACGUCCUGAAAUUGCCUACCAGGAAUAAAUUUAUAACAACUACACUUGAUAUCAAGCCGCAAACUAACAUUGAAAAGUUUCCCAUUAUUUUGGAGGAUACAUCAUUUGUAAGACUUUGGUACAAAAAGGACGAUGAAUUUCUUGUGCCUAAAGCUAAGAUGAUCUUCGAUUUCUUCAGUCCAUUUGCUUCUAUGGAUCCCCUUAGUUACAAUUACAUUCGUAUGUUUACAUAUCUGUUUCGUGAUUCUCUUGACGAAUAUACAUAUGCUGCAGAUUUAGCUGGUUUACAAUGGAAACUUGGUAAUUCUAAAUAUGGAAUAAGACUCUCUAUAGAUGGUUAUGAUGACAAACAACGUGGCCUGUUAGAAAAACUCAUGGAUCAAAUGAUAAAUUUUGAAGUUGAUCCAAGGAGAUUUAAAAUCUUAAAGGAAAAUUAUAUCAGGAACUUGAAAAAUUGUGUUGCUGAACAGCCUCAUAAACAUGCUGUCAAUUAUCUUCUAAUCCUAUUAACAAAGCAAACUUGGCUCAACGAAGAAUUACUGGAAACUACUAUCUAUUUAAAUGUCGACGGACUCCGGCAGUUUAUACCACAGCUACUCAGUAAGGUGCACGUCGAGUGCUUAAUACAUGGUAAUGUGACCGUAACGGAAGCUACAGAUAUACUUAAAUUAAUUGAGUCUAAGUUGACAACUGGAGUGCCCAACAUAAUACCCUUGUUAGAACAGCAACUAAUAUUGCCCCGUGAAAUUAAAAUAGAAAAUGGUUGCCACUUUCUGUUUGAAGCAGAAAAUAAUUUCCAUAAAAGUUCUUGUACAUUGGUAUAUUAUCCAACUGGUUUACAAUCAACAGAGUCGAAUAUGCUCUUAAAGCUCUUAGCACAAAUUAUUAAAGAACCUUGCUAUGAUACUUUAAGAACUAAAGAACAAUUAGGCUAUACAGUAUUUAGUGAUGCACGUGAAUGGUGUGUAGCACAAGGCUUGCAAAUCGUUGUACAGAGUAAUAAACACCCGCAAUAUGUCGAAAAACGAAUUAAUUUAUUUUUAAACUCGAUGUUGAAUCACAUAUCUACUAUGACAGAAGAACAAUUUGAAGAAAAUAAGAAAGCUCUAGCUACAUUACUUUCGGUAAAACCAGGAAAUUUGACUGCAAGGUGUGACUUGUACUGGAAUGAGAUUGAAACCCAACGAUAUAACUUCGAUCGAGUCAAUAUUGAAGUGGCUUACUUAAAGACGAUAUCACGGCAGCAAUUACUUAAUUUUUUUAAGGAAAAUGUACAUAGUAAGGAUCGAUGUAAAUUUUCGAUACAUGUAAUAUCCACGUCAUCGGAAAAGAGCUCAAUUGAAGAAAUUGCCGAUUUAUCAGUUUAUGAAGAAGUUAAGAAAAUCUACGAUAUUUUGUCAUUUAGAAAUAGUCAAUAUCAUUAUCCUCUAAUUAAACCGUUUAAAAAAUUUUUUCUCAGAAAAGGCGUACGCCCUUCUAAGUUAUCAAAAAGGUGA